CUUCUGGGGGGUAAAAUCGAAAAUCACCUAGGAGUGUGGUACCCUUAACUUGAUCAAUCACGCAUGUUUUUGGGUCCUGACGAACGUAGACGAAGGCGAUACCAUAUUAACUACUCGAACAAUGAAACUAUUUAGGAUAUUUUCCUCGUCAACUAACAUUCCGGCGACUCCUGGGACACAAGCAGCGUCCGCACCUGGAGCUUACGUAGGCGAAUCAACAGCUUGCCCUGAAGGAGGGAGAUUACAUGCAAAGAUUGAAGGUCGGUACGUCACGGUUCUGAGGGUCAACGGCAAGCUAUCUUGCAUAGACAGCAUAUGCUUUCACGCGGGGGGCCCACUGGGCCUCGGCGACAUAGAAGACAUCGACGGGCACGCGUGUCUGGUGUGCCCAUGGCAUUUCUACAAGAUCGACAUCGAAACUGGCGACAAGUACUACCAAAGCAUUCAAUUCACUAAUGGCAAGAUGGUCGGUGGCGAAUGGAAGACCAACGGUGUACGACAAAGAGUGCACACGGUGGUCGAGGAGAACGGCAAAAUAUACGUGACGCUAUCCAAAGGCGGUCCUGCUAACCUUCUCCAAACCUCUUCCUCGGCCCCAUGUGGCCCAUCAGCCCCAUCUGGGUCGGCGCCAUCUGGGUCAGGGCUGCCGUUAUGUGCCGUUGGCGGCGGCACGUGCCCGGCGGCGGCGGGCGACGGCGGCCGCAUUGACUCGGACGGCUACGCGUACGACUCGUCGUGCGGCGAGCGAAUCCUCAAUGCGCCGCCUUCCGCCAACCGCACUCGCGCGCAUGCCGUCGGGGCGGACGGACGCAAGCCCUCGGAGAAAGCAAGGCAAAUCCUGAGCGGACAAUACCACAGCUGAUGACAACAAGCACGUGACAGGAGCAGAUAGUCAGUCUUGAACAAGUUCGGCGCGCGAUCAAAUGUUACUCUUGACACCGUCGCUGCGAACCCAGGCACACGGAGACAGCAGCUGUACGGCUAUGCGUGUUGUACGACAGUACGAGCAAUACCGUACAACCUGGGGCAAUGGAACCAACAUGCAAAGGAGAGGAUACAGGAUGCGAUGUGCAGCGGCAAGAACCAACCCAGAGGGGCACUCUGCAGCGGAAAGCUGUGCGGGGGCAACAACAACCACGGCAGCUUGGAGGGGGAAGGGCACAUGCAGACACCAUGCAGCCCUUCUUGCCUUGCAGAUUACCGGUAUUAUAUACCGCUUUGAUACCAUGAGUUAUGAAUGUGUUCUGUCCAUAAGACACACCUUGACGCCGUUGGUGCUGCUAGCUGGUUUGAGGUUCCCAGGCGCCAGAGGCCGAAGUGGUGUACUGGCAUGUGUGUUGGACACGUCACGACACGUGAUCGGAGGGGCAGGGCAAUGCUACCUGUACACAGGGCAGCGCAUUGCAAACGUGUAUUCCCUAUCCUUGUUUUGGCCCCCCAACUGUGGUUUCGUAGAGCAGUGAGUGAACACGCGCGCUAUGCAACAUGACGGUUGCCGUCUGCUUUGAAGCAUGAUGGCGGCAGGCCACCUGUGCACGGUGACAGGAAGAAGAUUGUACAUUGACGACAUGAAGAGGUUCGGGUGAAAACUGUUUGACGGUACGCAGGAAGUCUUGGACCCGCUCCACCGCUGCACAGGUGCGAUCGGCUUGGCUGCGGGCGAUGGCCUUGGAGGCUCGACGUAAUUGUUGCGUCGCCCUGUUGGAAGCGAGGAUACAGUAGUACGUGCUUAAUUUCGUAAUGGCGGUUAGUUCGUUUCAACCGUACGUUGCUCCUUAGCGGUUGCUAGUCAUUCGUACAUACCACAACAGCUUACCGUUGCGCUCGUUUGCAUGCAUUGCUACUUUCCGUUUUGGUAGCGUGACGGUAUCGGUAUGUUCGGUGAGAGCGGCGUUGGCCUGCACAUGUUGACGGAUUGACGGAUGGUGGCGGCAGGUGAUGGUGGAACAAGGGGCAGAGAGGAGAAACUAACCAUGUAUGCGACAAGGCUGCACCGUGCAUUGGUGGGAUGCUAUGGUGACAGCGACGAGAGGGGUGCUGUCUCUGAAGUCAGUGCGUAUGUACGACUUUGCGUUCCUCAGCAUUGCAACCCAAAGAGGCCCUGCACAAGGCCCCGGCACCUGGCGAAGCGAACUGUUGCGUUGACUACAUAGUGUGGGCUGCGUCGCGUGUAACUGGUGUUUUGUUAGUAUUAGUAAGGCUGGUCCCAUCUUCUGCGGGAAUACGCUGCCUGUGAGCACACCACUGUGUGGCCGAGGGUGGGGUGGUGCAUUUGUUGAGGUUUGAGGGGGUGUCGAUACCGCCGGAAUGAUGCUGGGGGAGGGGGACUCGUCGCCUUGCGAGUUGUAAAGUUGCGAAAGGGGGGAUACACUGAGGUGCUGUAGAGGCGUCGUUUCUCACGGUAGUAUGUACGUCGAAGCUGGGGCGAACCUUUUCCAACAUCAAAGGGCGACGCAGCCUAUCGUAGCAACACAGUAGGUAUGCCUCUGGUCUGCCCCGUUGAUUCUGCAAGUUUUCGUUCGCUUCUUAUGUUCACAAAUGUAUGUCACUAACGAUGAUCACUGCAAAUUAUCGCGCUGGUUAUUGCCUAGGCCUGUACGUUGGUGUCGUUGAACGCCUGCGUCUCACCCUGUUAGGAGCCACUACCGCCAUAGGAAAUAUGCUUCACAUACUAUUCUAAUGAUGUUGCCGUUUACCCGCCCUUGUUGGGCGCAUCAACGAAAACUGUGUGCGUUGCGUUUUGACCCCGUGGAUCCUGCCGUCCGGUUGCGACAAGCGAAGAGUAAACGUUUGCUUUCAGUGGGCAGUUUUAGGGUUCAGCUUUAUGUAACGUGAUAUAACUAGUAGUCAACUAUGUGUUCUUAGUGGUUCCGGGUCCACUUACCAUAGACAUCGACUUCCUGGCAGUCAAGAAAAUUUAGCUGCCCUGACCAGCUGACCGGGCGGGCACAUAACGCUAGAAUAUGCAAAUCGUUAUUGCUUCACAUGAGGUCGACUCACGCCUUGGCCCAGCCUUUCUGUCUUCGGGUUGGGAAAGCGUACAGACUCCAUAGACCCACUCUAAGCGGUGCUUAUAUGAAUAACACGUAUAGGUUUCUCCUCUAGCGCAUAACCUACUUGUAUAUUAUGGCGCACGCUCCCGAAGUUCCAGUUCUGGCUUCGUGCGGCGAAGCCCCUGUGGCUCCCUCGCCUAGGGCGUCCGUGGAUGUGGGGGCAAUCCUUCUCAGCUUGAAGCAGCGGCGUGUGUCAUGUUCCUCAGCGGCCGCGCUAGCCGUGGACACAAGUUGCAUUCCUUCACAGUCACGCAUCUCGGGGAUAAUUGCCGCCGUCCACCCAACAUCUCCAGAACCGGCUCUCCCUGCUCAAGCAUUGAAUACUUCGGGAAAGCUUGGCGACCAAGCAGCUAGCCAAGUCCGCCCUCGUCCUCGCAAUUGGAGCCAGGCAGCCGCGCUGCCGGCCAUCCAAUCCGCACCAGCGCCUUCGCUUCCUUCAGGAGUGCAGCUCCAAAGCUACAGUUCCACUCCCUAUUCCCACGCCUCUCCGCACUCCAAAGAAACAGCUCCACCAGCGGGGCGCUAUAGUACGAGCAGUACUUCUUUGACUUCGACAUUCCCCAUGUCGCCACCAAGCGGCGCCCCGCUUCCCAAAAGCAGGACGGCUUCUGGAGAGGAACCUGCAAGCGGCCAGGUGCCAGCACCAGCAGGAGUUGUAAGUCCAUGGGCGGGAUCAGCAACCGCAACUACAACCGCAGCGUCAUCUGGGUCAGCGCUCACACGAGCGGUAGGUGCUCCCGGCACCCCACCCAGACCAUCCGCAGCCCCAACUCCGCCUCUGCCGUCAAAGGUCGCUUCCGCCUCCUCAGCUUUGGCCAGGCUUGUCAUUAGCACAGCUCCCGGCGCCGUAGCUCCUACUACAGAGGUUGCUGCUGCGGCGCCAACUACUUUGGAGGCGUCUGCAGCUGUCAUACCUACUCCAAAACCGCCCGCCGCAGCGGUUGCCGUAUCGACCAGUCCUUCUCCUCCUGCUGCCGUUGAAGCGGCUACGGUGGUCCCCUAUACUGCGCCUGCCUCUGCUGACCUCCUCGGUACGCCGGUAGCGCACACGACAAUCCUACAACACGCAUCCAGUCCAGCUCCCGCCGCAAGGAGUGCGAGUGCCGCCCCAAGCUCCCCUGUCCGGUCGUCUCCGCCGCAGUCCUCUCCGGCAACUCCGGUUCGCCUCAGUGCACCGGCGUUUGCCAGUACGACGGUUGUUAGCCCUGUCCCAGGUACGGUAACUGCCGCAGCAGCUGCAGCCUCAGCCACGGCUGCACCGAAAGCGUGCGGCAUGCCUGCUAGCCCCCAUGCAUGGGGCACCCUGACCGCACGGCGUAGCGGCAGUGGCAGCAGCGGUGGCGGCAGUGCCGGACGCAGCAGCGGCGGCGGAAGCGCCAGCAGCAGCGGCGGAUCAUCUCGGAUAGGCACCGUCGCUGCGACCGCCUUCGCCGCCGCCAGUGCCGUUGCUGCUGCCGCGGCGGCUGCGGCAGCCGUCGGGGCGCCAGUUCAAAGCAGCAGUUGCAGUACGGCAGCUGCUGCCGUUGCACCAACGGUUGGUGGCGGCAGCAGCAGCAGCGCUGUGAGUGCUAAGGACGCGGGUGCUGCAUCACGUCAGGCUGCGGCCCCGCUUCCCGGUGCGUUAGAAGCACCAACCAUCAGCCGCUGUAGUCCACUGGCUGCCGCAGCCGACGGCGGUGCGAGCGGAAGCGCUGUUUGCGGCAGCAGGAGCAGCGGAGUUCCGUUACGCGCUUACCCCGCCGCACCAAUCCCGGCAGCGUGCAACGACCUUCUCACACAGGCACAGCGUCUCGACUCUCCAAUCCAACGAAAUGGUGGGACCUCCAACGCCGACCUGUCCUCCGCUAGUGCAGCUCCGCUGCUGUCCUCGGGUCCUGCCUCCGGCGCAGGCACCAUCAGCAGCACCUUCAGUUCUGGAACAGAGGAGGCGUUAAGGGCUGCAGCAGCGGUGUUGUUGGAAACGCUGACCUCCUCAUCGUCCUCGUCUUCUGUGGCAGUAGCCGACCCCACAGGUGCCAUAUCCUCGCCUACCACGGGGGACACAACCAGGAGUGUUGAGAGGCUUGUAGGGGAGGGCAGUGGCAGCGUCCGUGGGGGAAGAAGCAGCGGCGGGGGCAGCAGCUCUGGUGGUGUACGGGCCGGCAGCGGUGGUGGCGCUAGCGUGGGUCGCAUUGGCGCCAGCGGCAGCAGCGGCGGUGGUGGCUAUUAUAUGGACGCUGGCAUUGGCAGUGCCUUACUCGGCAGCGGCAGCGACGGCGGCAGCGGCAGCGACGGUGGCAGCGGCAGCAAGCUUCGAAGUAGCAGCGUUGGCGGGGGCCCUGCGCAGGGUACAGCCUCCGUCUCCUCGCCGGCGUCUGUAGCAUUGGCAACAGCUGCUGCUCUAGCUACAGGAGCAGCGACUGCGGCUGGGCAAGCCGCCACUGCUGCCGCCGCCGCCGCAGCGGCCUCCGCCUGCACACCUCAACCAGGAAGAAGCUCGGGAGCAACACCACAAACAGCAAUGCCAGCCAGAACUGCAACGGCAACAGCGGCAGGACCACCACAGCUAGCAUCACCCAUAGCAGCCCCACAAUCCCCGGCAUCAGCAUCAGCGGCAGCAGCAGCCACCACCCCCAACUUGGCUCAGCUGGCCGCCCAGCGAGCGCAGCUGCUGGAGGAGUUGCAGGGCUCCCACCGGCGCGAGCUAGCCCUAGCGGAGCAGCUGGGGCGGGCUCGGGCUGAGAUCCUGGAGCUGACAUCUCAGCUGGGGCGGCAUGCGGAGGCGGCCGCGGCAGCGGCGGCGGAGGCCGAGGCGGCGGCGGAGCGGCGAGCUGAGCGGCUCGCGGCGGUGGUGGAGGAGCUGCAGGGGCAGCUGCGGAGGGCGCGGGCUGAAGCCCAGGAUGAGAUACGUCGCUGGCGGGCUCGUGCCACCGCAGCGGAGGAGCAGCUGCAGACCGCAGCGGCGCAGCUGAGCUGCCUUAGGGCGGCUGCGGCGGCGGGUGCUCCGGCUGCUCCGGUACCAGCAACAGCAGCAGCAACAGGUGGUACAGCCAUGACCAACUCAGGACAACACAUCAUGCCUGGGUCUGCAUCUGCGGGCCCAGCGAGCGGAUCUGGCACAGUUACGGCUGCUGCCGAAUCAGCAGCAGCUGCGUCCGUCCCGGUCGCUGCUGGCAGCAUCAUAUCCAACGGCUCCUCCGGCGGCAGCGGUAGCGGCAUCGUGAGCUGCGGCAGCAGCAGUGGCGGCGGGGGGAUCAGCGCGUCCGCCGCCGCCGCCAGCCUAGCGGCCCUGCGCGUUGCGUCCGCUAGGGCCGCCGAGCGGUCCUGGGCUCUGAGUGCGGGCUCCGGCUCCACCCCAGCCUCACCUGCACUGGCGACGAACGCAGUGGCGGCGGGUCCUGGGGCGAGUGUCGUACAGGGGUAUGUGAGCUACGGCCGCAUGGGAGGAGGAGGAUACAUGGUCGGCAGGGGGGACAGCAGCGGGGGCGGCGGUGCUGCGGCGGCAGCGGCGGCACUGGCUCCGUCGCCUGCGAAGGCAACCGCAGCGGCGGCGGCAGCGGCGGUCGCGAGGCCGACGGGGGCGGUUGUCCCAACGAAGCCAGCAGUUGCAGCACCAGCAGCGGCAGCAGCAGCGGCGUCAAAAGCGGGUUGCGAUUUGGAGCCUGGACUGGGGUAUGCACAGCGUCGCGUGCAGAAGAGUCUCGGCGGGGCAUCGAUUCGGAGGAGCCUUAGCGAUGCAAUGCUGCAAAUCCGGGCAGCCGCCGUGGCAGCCGCAGUCGCUAACACAGCUGGCGUCAUCGCUACUGCUGAAGAUGACAUCGAUGCUGCGCCCAGCAAUCCCACCGCUUCAUUCGCCUUUGUUGGACACGCGCUGCCAUCGUCGUCAUGCACUGCGGCCCCAGUUGCAGCUCGCACCCCAACUGCUGCCCCCAGUCCCCAAGGUCUCUCCUCCCCUGCCACCGAGCCCACGCGUCCCAUGCCUCCUCCACCGGCCUCGACGUUUGCCUCCGCCGCCUUCGUCGCGGCUGCGGCUGCUGCCGGUGCUGCGGAGACCGUCGGCCCCUUCACGGCUCCCAUGGGCUCCACGCCUGCUCCCUUACCUAGCGAGCGGUCCGCUGGGGCUCUGCACGACCUCCAAGCAGCGGCGUCCGUGAGGGAACGCCCCAAGCCGCGAUUCAGCCAGGACGGUGGCGGCAGCGGUUUGGGAGGAGCGGAGGGCGGCAGGGGCGGUGUUGGGAUGGGUGCGGCUGCAGCUGCGGCUGGUGGCGGCGGCAGCAGCGGUCUGGGCUCCAGCUUUUCAGCGUCCAUGCCAUUGCGCAGGCACGGACUCCCUCCCUCACCAGCUGCCGCCGACAGCCUAACGCGGCCCCUUCAAGACCCCGUCUCACCCACUCGCGGCGCCUUCACCCCACCACCACGCCCUACCGCCGCCGCUGCCGCAACAUCCCCUCAUGACGCUGCCAAGGCCGGUUCCGCUUCCGGAGGCCCCACUCGCGGCGGCACCAUCCCAGCAGCUGACGGCAUGCACGGCUGGAUCGCUGCCAAUGCGGCUGCACUAGCACCUCCAGCACCUCAUCGUAACGUGCGGGUAGCCACCUCCUCUUCCUGGUCGGGAGAGGCGACUGCUGCCACCCCUGCUACCCCUGCGAGCGCGGGCAAGGAGAGCUGUUGUCAUGCAGCCGCAGCAUCUGUGAGCCCGUGCGUUGGUAGCAGCACGCCACCUGCGGCGGCAGCAGCAGCAGCAGAUGGUGUGGUGACGACGGCGACGGCGGCGGCGACGGCAGGGAGGGACAGCAGUCGCGGCGGUGGCGGUACCAGCGAGGCGGGUGCGGGGCCGGCGGGGGAGGUGGAGCGGCUAAAGCAGGCCGGCAACCGCGCUUACCGCAGCAAGCAGUACCCCCUCGCCAGCCACUGCUACACCUCGGCGCUGUCGGCCCUGCAACAGCUCCUGGGUCCUGAAGCCUGGGCCGCCGCCGGCAGGGGAGGAGGCCUCAACGCCAGCGGCGCUAGCAGCAACAGCAGUAGCGCUGGUACGACACGAUCUCCCAGCGGUGGCACUGCCCCCCAUGUGGCUCGAUCCAUAGCUGCGCUGUACUGCAACCGUGCCGCGGCCCUGACGGCCAUGGAGCAUUACGCGGAUGCCGUGGCGGAUUGCUGCGCGGCGAGCGCGUACGAUGCUGGAUAUGCACGACCAUGGAAGCGGCGCUCGGACGCCUUUGCCGCCGUCGGCGCCUUCAGCUCCGCCGCCGCCGCCCUGGAGCAGUGCAUUGAGCUGACGGCUGCAGCCGCCGCCAAACGCACCCUCAGCGGCGGCGCCGCCGCCGACACCGAACAUGGCGACGUCGACCCGACGGAGCUUCCCACGCUUCGGCAGCGGCUGCUACGUCUGCAGGAUCGCGCCAGGGCCGCGGCGGCGGCGGCGGGCGCCAUGGCCUUUGCCGGCGGCGGCGCCGCCGCCGCCAUGCUUGCAGCCAUGACGGGAGCCCCGGCGGCGCCGUUGGCUGACCAUUAUGCCGUACUCGAGCUACAGCCGCAUGCGACGUUAGCGGAGGUCAAGGCGGCGUAUCGUCGACUCGCGCUUCGGUAUCACCCGGACAAGGCGGCUGUAGCGUCGGCGGCGGUGGCAGGGACGUCGGCGGCAGCCGCGGCCGGUGUGCCAUCGCCGUCGCCGCCGGCGGUGGCGCUGACGACGGCGUCGGCGUCGGUGUUUCCGCUGCUGGCCGAGGCAUACGCUGUGUUGUCGGACAAGGGUGCGAGACGCGCGUACGAUUUGAGGCGUGCGAGGGCUUUGCUGGUACGAAAGGACAGCAGGCAGUUUGGGUGAUGGAAGGAAUCUGGUUGCUUGUGGUGGACGCACGUGUGCAAGCCGGCAAGCUUAUGGGUGUACCUGGCCACGUAUGUACCUCACCCGUACAAGCACCAACUCUUUUUUGUUGUUUAGGUUCCUGGUUGUGUUAAAUCUCGUUGUUAAAUAUUUGAGACAUACGUGAUGAAGCCGUGUAUAGUGUACGUCUUGCAUGCCGACGUGUGCCGUGUGGUUCUUGGUGCGUGCCUGCCUGUCUAGGGUUAUAUCGUACUAGACUCCACAGCAGAAAUGCAAGGGUGAAAGCGCCUGGCCACGUGUGCUUGGGUUCCUGAUAUAUAUACAUCUAGCGGUGUCAAAACGUUGAAGACGACUGUCUUAAUUUGGACGGGAGGAACGCAAUAUGCAGCAGCUGACAGGCGCCCUCGCCUUCCCUUCUCUUCCCUUCCACAUUCCUCGUGUUCCUAGUCUUGUUACCCUAUAUCUCUUCCUUGCGUGCGCCCGAAAUGGAUCACGUGAGUGACGUUUGACGUGUCGUUUCAGCGUUCCAGUGUUUUUUGUAUGGUACCUUAUGGUACGGUUCUCUGUUCUGCAUGUAUGGUCCCGAAGAGGGCCCCUCCGCGCGAUGUUGCGGCUCCCCAUGUCUUACGUGCCCGACGCGACGUCGGGGGCGUACCAUAGUAGCCCUCCCUAGCACAGCGCCCGAGGCGCCUUCCUAGUCUCUGCAUCCUAGCGCCCGCGUGAGGCUGCGCCUUGCGCUUUGUGUCUCCUCUUCUGUCUGUGACGCUGAAAUUUCGUGAGUCGGAAUGCUGUGAUAGCAUGUGACGCUAGAUGCGAUUGUCUUAUGUCCGAUAUGUGUUUUCCUUCCUUAGCGCUGUCAGGCCUUCUGGCUGCCGUACGGCGGUGGCACCGUUUAGCCUCGGGUCCUGCUUGGCAGAGGACUGGUCCUGGGGGCGGCGUGCGGUGUGGUGUGGAAUACGUAAUAAUGGGGCCGUAGAGGCCAAAGCAAAAGGAUGAGGUGUGGGUUCAUAGGCGGACCGCAUCCCUUCGGUAAAGGUGCGUGUUUAGCGUGUGCUUGCGGGGUUUCAGGCUGGCAUGUGAAGCCAGCGUGGCACCCGAGGGUGACGUCAGAGAGGUGUAUUCGAGCGCCCGCGAACCAAUACGUGCAUGCGUGCGCUUUUGGGGGUUCCUGCGGGUCCCAAGGCCCUAGCUUUCGGGCUAGGUGCGCAUGCUCCCUCCAGAGGUGAGGCUUGCGAGCGGCGGGUGAUGGUGUUGGCAUAAGGUAUAAAAGCGUAAGUGGGCAUGGCCUCACGGCAUGGUCGUGUGUAUGACGUGCCUGGCCUUGGCCCCAUGCAUUAGUUUGCUUUGCAAGUGUGGCAACAUGAUGAUGGGCUUACGUGGCGCAUGUUGCCCGUAGUUGCGGUGGUGGUGGUGGCUGCUUAAGAGGUAUGAGGUGUUGUCAAGACACCUGCUGUUAAAAGGUUGGUCCGGGGGCGGCAUGGGCAAUCACGGUAUGCUUUUCUGUAUAUUCUAAACCGUAGCCAGUAACGCUGACAGUUGGGGGAAAGGAGUCGCUGCCAACGUGUACGAGCAGUGGCCCUCCUACAAUGCACACCUGCCGGAUGUGGUGUGGUGAGUUGCUUACUUCGUUGAAUCAUGGUUGUCUUUGUUCCUGAACCCUGACUGGGUUGUUUUGUUCGGUUGUGUCAUUUUGCUUUGGCUACGUGUCUGUUGCUGCGUUUCGUCAGAUAGUCCGACACUAGCGUUGCUGCCUACCGGUACUCGAAGAAAGGCAAAUUCUGCACACAAUAAAAGGAUGGUCAUGCGGCAUGUACAACUGGGUACACAUUCCAGUGCCUGCACGAGGUACAUGUCUCUCUCGUGAGUCUACCGGUAUCGUCCUGUAACCGUGCUACACGU